CAUCCGCAUGAAAACAAGCAGUUUCCACGAAUUAUUAGCCGCACGGAAACUGGAGUAGACAGCAUACACGUGUGCUUCCAGCCAUCCACGUCAUUCUAGCUCGAACCACCUUGCUUGACUUGUUUGCUAUCCUCUUCCGUUAUCAACCCAAUCUUGUUCCUGCUUCAGCCUCUAGCACAAGCACACUGUAUCACCGUGAACCACCAGCAAAAUGGCAGCUGCUCGCCUGUAAAGUGCAGACGUGCAGUGUGCGCGCAGCAACGGCGGUAGCCGGAACAACAAACCCGUGUGUCCGGCGCGCGGCCGCGCACGCACCUCACCAACGGCAAGGCGAGGGCCGACCAGCUCGCCCCACCCCGCUCGACGCGAUCCGCGCCACCAGCUCGAAUACUAAAUUUCGAAAUUGUUCAGUUUAAAUGGUCCGUCCCCUGGUUCUUCUCCUUCACUUGUCCUGCACCAACACCGCGCUCCAGGUCACGAGCUCGACCUCACGGAGCGCGCCCGCCGCCGGAAUGGCUUCCAGCGCCGCCCCCGACGUGGUUGAGACCGAGCUCUUGCCGUUCAUCCGCGUGUACAAGAGUGGCCGCGUCGAGCGCCUCCUCGGCACCGACACCGUGCCGGCGUCCUUCGACGCGUCCACGGGCGUGGCGUCCAAGGACGUCGUCAUCGACCCGGCCACCGGCGUCUCCGUCCGCCUCUACCUUCCGCCAGCGGCUGCAGCAUCCGGGGGCAAGAAGCUGCCCGUCCUCGUGUACUUCCACGGCGGCGGGUUCAUGAUCGAGUCGGCGGCCUCCCCGACGUAUCACCGCUACCUGAACGCGCUCGCCGCCCGCGCGGGCGCCCUCGCGGUGUCCGUCGAGUACCGCCGCGCGCCGGAGCACCCGCUCCCCGCGGCGUACGACGACUCGUGGGCGGCCCUCGCGUGGGCGGUCGCCGGCUCCGCCCCGGGAGGCCCGGAGCCGUGGCUCGCGGCGCACGGGGACGCGUCCCGCGUGUUCCUCGCCGGCGACAGCGCGGGCGCCAACAUCGCGCACAACGUGGCCCUGCGCGCCGCCGCCGAGGGGCUCCCGCGCCCGUGCGCGGCCGUCGUCGGCGUGCUGCUGGUGCACCCGUACUUCUGGGACCCGACCAACGCCAUGGCGCCGGAGCUGGAGGUGAGGAUCCGCCGCGAGUGGCGGUUCAUGUGCGCGCGCCCAGACGCCGAGGUGGGCGACCCGAGGAUCUGCCCGACGUGCCCCGAGGCGGCGCCGCGGCUCGCGGCGCUGCCGUGCAGGAGGGCGAUGGUGGCCGUGGCGGGCGACGACUUCCUGGCGGUGAAGGGGCGGGCGUACCAUGCGGCGCUGCUCGCGAGCGGGUGGCGCGGGGAGGCCGAGCUGGUGGACACGCCGGGGCAGGACCACGUGUUCCAUCUCCUGCAACCGGGGACUGAGGCGGCCGCCGGGAUGUUGGACCGCGUCGCGGAUUUCAUUUCUCGUGCUUGACCUCACCUGCUCCCCGUUGAAGUGGAAUUGUGGUCGGUUCCUGUCGUCGUGCGUCAGGGCGAGUAAUAAAUGGGCAGCAAUCUCCGCCGGGCGUCAGUCCAACUA